AUGAGACAAAGAAAUGAUAAAGCAUUUAUUGAACUUCUUAACAGAAUAAGAACUGCUAACCAGACAGAAGAUGAUAUAAAGGUAAUCCAAUCAAGAUCAGUAUCCCCAGAUGACCUUAAUUACCCAUCACAUGCACUCCAUAUUUGGGCAGAGAACUCACCAGUUGACAAACACAAUAAUCAGAAAUUAGAACAACUUGCUGGACCAUUGUUUGUUCUAAAAGCUAAAGAUCAAUUCCCACCAAAUGUGAAGAAACAAGAUAUUGAUAAAGUUCUUGCAAGGAAACGUUCUGAAACAGGUGGACUUGAUUUAGUAAUUCACAUCAAGGAAGGUGCCAGAGUAAUGUUGACAAGCAAUAUUAGCAUUGCAGACAGACUUAUCAAUGGACAAAUGGGAACUGUGUUUAAAGUUGAUGUCAAUCCAACUAACCAGAAACCAACCAUUGUUUACAUUAAAUUUGAUGAUCCAAAUGCUGGUAAAAAUCUUCUUAAGACUACUAGCAACCUGUUGGCAAGAGAACAUCAAGUUGUCCCAAUUGAACCUGUUUUGGUGAAGAUUAAAAUAAGACCAGGUAAACCAUCAUCCCCAGAAAUACAGAGAGUACAAUUUCCUGUGACACUAGCUUGGGCAUGUACUGUACAUAAAGUUCAAGGUUUAACACUUGAUGAAGUAGUAGUCAGCAUGGAGUUAGUAAAUCAGAGAUCAUUUAACUAUGGACAAAUUUAUGUUGCCUUAAGCAGAGCAACUUCGUUACAAGGUCUGCAUAUUUUAGGAGAGAUUGCUAGUAAACAUGUGAAAACAAACCCAAAGGUUCUUGAAGAAUAUGAAAGAUUAAGGAAAGAAUGUAUUGUUAGUCAUCCAACCACUAUUUGCAACAUCAUAGUAAUGCUGUCACCAUAA